CUUGCCUCGCAGGCCCGGUGGCGUCGAGGGGGUACCUGCUCGUACACACCAAUGGUGGCCUCAACCAGAUGCGCGCUGGGAUCAGUGAUAUGGUGGCAGUUGCGCGCAUACUUAAUGCUACACUCAUCAUUCCAGAGCUUGAUAAGAAAUCAUUUUGGCAUGACAGAAGCAACUUUUCAGAUGUCUUUGAUGAAGAACACUUCAUAAAUUCUUUAGCAAAUGAUGUGAAAGUUGAGAAGAAAUUGCCUAAGGAGUUGGUGAAAGCUCCAAAGUCUGUUAGGUACUUCAAGAGUUGGUCUGGAGUAGAUUAUUACCAGGAUGAAAUUUCUCCACUGUGGGAUCAUCGCCAGGUCAUUCGAGCUGCUAAGUCAGAUUCUCGCCUCACAAACAACUACCUUCCUACUGACAUUCAAAAGCUUCGCUGUCGGGCCUUUUUCCAUGCACUUAGAUUUGCUCCCCCAAUUGAAGCUUUAGGCAAGCUAUUGGUGGAGAGGAUGAGAUCAUUUGGACCAUAUAUUGCUUUGCAUCUACGCUAUGAGAAGGAUAUGCUUGCUUUUAGUGGGUGCACAUAUGGUCUAUCUCAAACAGAAUCAGAAGAACUUGCAAUGAUCAGAGAAAACACAACCUACUGGAAGGUGAAAGACAUUGAUCCAUUAGAACAAAGAUCCCAUGGCUAUUGCCCCUUGACACCAAAGGAGGUUGGCAUGUUUCUUUCUGCCCUUAGAUAUCCAUCAAGCACCCCAGUGUACAUAGCCGCAGGGGAAAUAUAUGGAGGUGAAUCUCAUAUGGUUGAUUUGCAAUCACGCUUCCCGAUUCUCAUGAACAAGGAGAAACUUGCCUCAGCCGAGGAGCUACGUCCUUUUCGCCAAUAUGCAGCUCAAAUGGCAGCUCUGGAUUACAUUGUUUCGGUGGAGAGCGAUGUCUUUAUUCCAUCCUAUUCAGGGAACAUGGCACGGGCUGUUGCAGGUCAUCGCCGUUUUCUUGGUCAUCGGAAGACAAUAAGUCCCGACAGGAAAGCAUUAGUUCGAUUGUUUGACAAAGUUGACAGUGGUUUACUGAAGGAAGGCAAGAAGCUAUCCGAAAGGAUACUAGACAUGCAUCGGAAAAGACAAGGCUCUCCACGGAAACGAAAAGGUCCAGUCUCGGGAACAAAGGGCAAAGACAGGUUUCGGUCAGAAGAGGCGUUUUAUGAGAAUCCUCUUCCCGACUGCCUGUGUCAACCAGGGUCUCCAGACAGCGAUGAUUCUCUUGUCAGCAUCUAAGCCAUGGAGCCGAUCGUCCUUGCUGAUCCCGGUAGCCACUCCCGUGUAAAUAGAGCAAUUCAGAAACACAGAGGAAGAUGCACACUAAUAAUUCCACCGAGCACGGUGCACACUGACCAGAGCUUCCGUGUCCCUAACUUGAUGCGCCAACUAUUUGUUGGCGCACCGUCGUCCAGCUGUGGCUGAAGUUCUGGCAUGGUUGGGCUUGUUCAGAAGUCGACAGCUGGAGGUGGAAGCAGCUGUCCAAGGCCACAUAUGUAGCCAAAUUGCUUUAUAGGACUAUAGAUAAGUUUUGUGAAUCUUUAGAUAGGGAUAAUUAACUCAACUUCUUGUAAGUAGAUGGUAAUGAACAGAGGAAUAUAGAAUUACUGGAGCAGCUUGACAUCAACAUUCACUCAGAUAAAGUUUCAUCUUUCAUGUGCCUUCGUCUUCGUUGUUAGAUGAACAGAUUUUGACAUUUUAUACUGAGGCUGAACCCACGUUAUUAUGAA